UCUCUCGCAUUAACAACAACAACGAUGGCGUCUGUUGCUAGCUGUUUUGGAUUCACAUCCGUGUUCCUGUUUCUUGUGUUAAUCGUGGUUUCUGUUCCUCAAACUGCAGCUGUGAGUGAAAAAUCAUUAGACCCAGAGUCGCAAAUUUUAGAUGACCAGCUUUCAAAUGUUGCUUCAAAAAGCAGAGAAGAACUUGUAUCUACACGACCACCUGUAUCUGAUCAGGAUCAUGUAUCAAACAGCACAGAAAACCUGCGAGGAAAAGAGACUGAGCACAGAUCAUCUCUUCCAAGAUACCUGCAAACGUUAUUGCUCUAUCAUCUAAAAAGAAGUACACAUUCACCAGUCUGCAUUCUUUUUACACAGAAAGAUUCAAAUUUUGAGCUUGAGGAAAAGGUUUCGAAGCUAUGGAGCAAGCUGUCGGCCUAUCUCUUGUUCCAGAGCUGGAAAGUUGGAGUGUAUGAUGUGGCCAACGGGCCCUUGAGGGGUCUCACUGUACCACACAGUUUGCCUUCAUUGAGGUGUUAUGUCGGAACAGCAGAGCCCGAAGAGUACACUAGUAGACCAAGCCUUCAAAGGCUUCUCCAAUGGUUCAAAAUGAUGGCUCACAAGUAUCGUAAUCGUAUAGUGGAGGCUAAUCUGGAUUCCCUGAGGAAGGCUGUCUCUGAUGAGAGUAAGCUGACUGUCCUCGCUUUUCCUGGAGAAGAGAAACACUUUGAGAUUGAAUGGAUGCUGUUAGAGUUCAAGUCAUCUCACCCAAACGAUCUACAGCUCUUUGUAGUUCACCCUGGCUCAGUGAAUGAGAGCUCACUUCAAAACAAGUUCAACGUCAAAGUAGAACCAACUAUACUGGCUUUCAAGAAAGGAGACCAGCGUCUCCGAGUCCUGCAGAGGUUUGAGGAACCCCUUGUUACCAGACAGUUUGUGGAACCCUUCAUCAUGUCUCAGACAUCAUCUGCUAUCUCUCUCACAGUGAAUAACUUUCAGCAAGAGGUUUUCAGUGGAAAUGCCAUGCCCAUUCUGGUAUGUUUCUACACCCACUGGGCUGAGCGUGUGGUUCCUUACCUCCACGCCUUUGUGGAGUCCGUCAAGGUCUUCAGGGACCAUGGGGCCAAACUGAGAUUUGGCAUUGUGGAUGUCGAGGCACAGCAAGAUAUUGUUCCACGUUGGCUGCAUGCAGCAGGUAUAGAAGGAAUGCCUUUCAGUAUUCUCUUCUGGAGGAAGCCUGGUCUUGACAAAGGUAAAAUGUUGCAUCAGCUUGCUCUACCAGAGGGAGCCAACACUCCCGUGACUUUUGGAAGCUUCCUGCAGGAGAAGAAUGUAACAUUAGAAAGCAUUGAUGGGGGACCAUUCCAUUAUCCAACAUGGGUAGAAUCAUCAUAUGAUAUGGAGGUAUCAAUGGGAGAGUCCAGGCUGAUAGCUCCAACAUGCAUCAGGGCACUCAACACUUCACUGGAGGGGUUGGAAGAUAUGUGGGGUGAGGGACCUCAUUCUAUAAAAAUGAUGGUUGAUGAAACAGAACCUGAUACAAUGGAAGACCUAAGAGAUGUAAAUAUUACAAUGGAAGUAGACGAUACAUCCAGUCAGAAGGACAACCAGUUGAGCCAUAUUGGGGGCAUAGAGCGACUGACGGACGCAACCUGGUCAACCACCAUUGAGAAGUCACAUGCAGGAAUGAAACCUGAGGAUCUGCAGGCUCUCAUGAAUAUUCAUAAGACAUCCAGAAAGAAAGACAUACCUCAGACAAACCUUGUCUUCUUCAUCCAAGAUGGCUGCGGGAGCUGUAGAAGACAACAGCCCAUGUUUGAGAGGGUGGCCAAAGCUGUCAAGUUCGUAGAUGGUGGGUCUGCCUACAUACUGAACUGUACCUCUGACCCCGUGACCUGUGACCUGCUUCACGUCAGGGGAUUCCCCACUUUGAUUGCAUUCCGAACCUUCGGGCAGUACAGCAGCGAGAGGUGUCUGUCCCCUGAUCAUCACCAGCAUACGCUGCGCAUGGACUACCAUGGGGUGUUGGAGGAGAAGGAGUUGAUGGAAUGGUUUUCUGAUAUUGCUCUUCCAAGAGUUCAGAUCAAGACACUUCAACAAGUCAAACAAGAACAGAAGCACACCAAUGUUAUCCUUCUCGCCACCAUCUACCCCCUCUCUCUGGCUGGUCAGUACCUGAGGUCAGUGGGCGGGGCCGACAGCUGGUACCCCCUGGAGUGCUUCCUGGUCGCCUGCGAAAGGCUUUAUGGGAAGGCCAAGUGCUACGCGGCGUAUGGAGAGAAUAUCAGAUCGAGCGAUAGAGAGAGGACGAGCAAGGAGGAGAGAUUGAUUGUGGGAAAGGUUGAGAUGCUUCGUCAAGAUGGGGUGGUGUCAAAGGUCAUCACCAGUGGGCGGAGUCUGAUAGCCGCUCUUCAAGCGGAGGCCGAUUCCCAGAUCCAUAGAUUCCAUACUCCUCACAGGUACAACCUCAAGUCUGGUCAGCGGUGUGAGGAUGACCAUGCUGGCUGUACUGACCUCAUCACAGACUUUGUAGAGGACCAUAGUCGAUUACCGGUCACUCAUCUCACUAUGACCUCAUUCCAUGCCUACUCCAGUGUUGGAUUUGAUUCCAAGCAUAAGGGAUCGGUCUUUAGGAGAGGAUUACCGGUCCUUAUUGCAUUUGCUACCAAAGAUCAAAUGGAGGAAGGGGCUGUAUUCCAACAGGCCCUACUGUCAGCAGCCUACGAUCAGUACCAGGACCUAGUCUUUACCUGGGUGGAUGUGGAUGAGUUUCCUAGAUGGGUUGCUAGCUUUGUUCCUGUCUACUAUCAGAGGCUUAUCAUAGAACAUGUGGAGGAAAUCACUGAUGAAAUCCUGCCGUCCCUCUUCGUCUACCCUCGUCUCUGCUUGGUCAGACCGGAUGACCAUCGACAUGCAGCGUUCUUCCCUUCAGCUAGGGGUUUCUCACUAACAUCAAAGCUUGUGGGUAGGAAUGUUGAUAAAGAUGACAUUCUGUGGUUUGCAAAAAACUUCUUGGAGCAUCCGGAAGAAAUGCUAAUGGAAACAGAACGUUUCUGAGAGAUGAAUGUCAAAAAAACAAAUUAUUUUGUUAAACAUAUCUAUCUGAAAUAUGUAGAAUGACAAGAAACAAAAAUUUGCACUUAAAGUUGACAAUCUAAAAAUUUAUUAUUAUUAUUAUUAUUAUUACAAUUAAUAUUAAGUAUUUGGCGUCACCUGUGCCUGGGAGGCGAAAAGCGAACUGAAUUACUGUCGAACUUGAGAUCUUUGGUUCGAUAGGCAGACGCUUUACCGACUGAUCCAACUCGCCUCAAUUUUCAAUACUGUUUCAAGUUCAUUUGACAGACAGAAAUGUAUGGUGGCUUCAUGCAGCAUGGAGCAAACUGAAAACAAUUCUCUUAGGGUCUGUUACGACCUUGAUUCAGUGGGAUGUGUGUGUCUAUCAGUAUUGGUGCCUUUCUUUUUUUUUUAUAGU